AUGUAUGUCUUUCAAAUAUUUGAUGCUUACUCCGCCAGUGGUUCUGCUCUCCUCUGGGUGGCUCUCUUCCAAAGUAUCGCCAUUGGCUGGAUAUACGGUGAGAAAAAUGCCAUAUGAAAUAAAACGACCUGCGUUUUGUUUGUGUUAUUGACAAGUGAUGAGGUCCACAUCGUCCAUCCAUAGCAAAAAUUAUAAUAGAGUCUGAUGUUCAUCAAACAUGACCAGAAAUAAGACAGGUCAGUCUAUGUAUUUCUUUGCAGCAGGAAUUUUUUUUUAUGGACACAAACAAGGCAAGAUAUCUCCAUCUUGCCUACUCACGUAGCCAUAAUAAACAGCAUUACAUCUGCUUCAGUUUGGUUCGUUUGCACUUCCUUCAACAUGGUUAAGAAUUCAAUUUGAUUCAACUUGUUUCUUAAAAAUAGAUAGUUUCUUCAGCAUUGGUUUAUAGAUUUAAAACACGCUCGUAAGAGACCUGAUGAAGCUUCGCCUACUAUACUUUUCCUUCUUUAUGCUGGGUCGGUUACAUAAUCUUAUCAUGCCCCACGCCGUUAGACUGUUAUUAUUGUUGACCCAUAAAAGGAAAGGAAAAUGUCGUUGAUUUGUUAAGUUGUAACUCGUUUUAUAUAUAUCAUCAUUCAGGUGGAAAGCGCUUCUAUGACGACAUGGAAAAAAUGAUUGGAUUUCGUAUCAAUCCCUGGUGCCGCUGGUGCUGGAUGUUGAUGACACCUGCCUUUUGCUUGGUGAGGAAACGAAUUUAAGGUUAUUGCUUAGCACUGCAUUGCGCAUCUUUGCUGCGCACAAUUUUCAGGAGUAAUCGCGCGCGCACAGUAAAACAUGGCGGCUUUUUCAUCAAGGCUGCAAAUACCAGAGAUGCGCGCGGUAAAUCGUCAUAUUCUUUUAAAUGAGUAUGGUGAUAAAAAAGAGGAAUGGUCGGAAAUUAGUGUGUUCAAAGCAUGUACUCUUAAAUAUAAUCACGUGUAAUGAGUUUUUGCGUAUUUACAAGUUGCUGCUGCUCCUUAAAAAGUAUGGGGACCCCCCAAUUUUAUUUCAAAUAUGAAGUUUCUUGAACAUAAACAACUCAUUGGUAACUUUUGACGGGAAUGACCUCAGCGAAAAUAUGAAAUUACUACAGAAACACGUCUAGAUUUUCCCUCUUCUAAAAUUAAGGCCUUUUUGAAUGUUGCCAUUCCACUCACCACAACGGAAGUGUAUAAUCGGGCCUCGAAAAAAAACUUGAAUUUUUGUUUGUCUUUUAGUAAGCAGCUCUCGCAUUUUCUUGCCCGGGGCUACUUCUUGCUCGUCUUAGUUAAUGAUUUAGUUAGAAGAUGACUUGCUGGGACCUUUGCCCAUUGUACAAAUGAGCUUAAAAAGUUACUUGACCAGAGAAAAUCUACUUGUCCCGGACUACUGGACGGGACGUUUUUCAAGGCCUGUGUAGAAUGCCUCGCUUGUUUGUUUUUGUUACUGCGUCGCGGAAUAUACUAUUCCGUACAUUGAAGUGACUUCAUUUUUCCCCAACAGGCGGUCUUCAUUUUUAGUCUCGUGACAUAUUCGCCGCUCAAAUAUGACGACUAUGAUUAUCCAGACUGGGGACAAGCCAUUGGUUGGAUCAUGGCCCUUUCAUCAAUCGCCUGUAUACCGUUUGUCAUGCUGUACAAGUUAGUCACUACACCGGGUUCUUUUAAGGAGGUAAUUAUAAUCAAAUAUUUUGAUAAUUAUGCAUACAACGGAUCAUUAUACGUCUCUGGGAAACUGCCCAUCACCUCUCCCCUAAGCCAACAUUUUUCCCAAAGUGAGAAGUAAGUGUUAGUGUUCACUAAGGGGAGGGUUAGGUGGGCAAUUUCUGACCAGUGGCCAUAUAGAAUUUUAAUGCUACAAAACGUACAAAAUUUCGGUCAGCUUUAAAAACUAAUGCUUUGCCUGCAAAAAUCACUAAAAAUGCGCUCACUCGAAGUUUGUUUGAUACCUUUUUCAUAAUUCUACAGAGGAAUUUUGUCGGUGAAAAAGGUACCAAUUCAUAACCUCAGCUAAAACAGCAAUAUCCUAAUGACUCCCUUAACGAAAUUUUGAUGAGAAGAAUGACGACCUCUCUGUCCAGGUUCAGUCGGUUCUCACUAGGGUAGGUUAUACAGGAUCACUAAAAACAGCUAUGAAUUGAUGUUGCUUUUACGGAGUUUAUAUUUGUACAUUUGUAUUUCUUGUUUUUUUUUUCACCAGCGUUGGAGCACAUUGACCACUCCUAUUUUUAAGCAUCAAUCGCCAGGUGCACAGCAGAUGGAUUCCCUGGAGACUUACACAGCCUAUGACAAGAACGUGCUCUGA